AUGGACAUCGAUUCGAAGAUUAAGGCGUACCGCUUCGUCGGUUAUGCCGCCGUUUGCUUCUCCGCCAUGGCCGUUCUUUCGGUAAGCGCAGCACCCAGUCUGCAUAAAUCAUCAUAAUAAUUGUAGGUGUGCAUCACUCUGCCAAUGGUGUACAACUACGUGCAGCACGUGCGCACCCAGAUGCACCAGGAGCUCUACCAGUGCAAGGGGUCCGCCAAGGACGUCUGGAACUCGGUGUACUCGAUCCGCGAGCUCCCGCUCGGCGCCAACCGUACCGCCCGUUCGACCUACAACGAGCAGUGCGCCGGAUGCUGCCUGCCAGGACCACAGGGUCCACAGGGUACUCCAGGAAAGCCUGGAAAGCCAGGAAAGCCGGGAGCGCCAGGACAACCGGGAACGCCGGGACGUCCGCCACAGCAGCCUUGCGAGCCAACCACCCCACCACCAUGCCAGCCAUGCCCACAGGGACCACCCGGACCACCAGGACCACCAGGAAUCCCAGGAGAUAACGGACAGUCCGGAGAGCCAGGACCAAAGGGGCCAGACGCCGCGCCAGGAGAGCCAGGACCAAAGGGACCACCAGGACCACCAGGACCACCAGGACAAGCCGGAGCACCAGGAGAGCCAGGAAUCCCAGCCAAGUCGGAGCCAGUCGUACCAGGACCACCAGGACCACCAGGACAGCCAGGACAGCAGGGACCACCAGGACCACCGGGAUCCAACGGAAUCGACGGAGCUCCAGGAGCCCCAGGAGCCAAGGGAGAGCCAGGAACUCCGGGAGACGCCGGAAAGGACGGAGAGCCAGGAAAGCCGGGAACUCCAGGAACCGACGGAACCCCAGGAGAGAAGGGAAUCUGUCCAAAGUACGUUUUAUCCCAAAACGCGAACAAAAAUAAUAGCUUGACGUUUUCAGGUACUGCGCUCUGGACGGAGGUAUCUUCUUCGAGGAUGGAACCCGCCGUUAA